ACAAUAAACAUUCGAAAAGGUGUUGAUUGAACAGAUAUUUUCCGGAGAUUCCCAUGAUAAUCUUAUCGGUCUACGAUCCCAUUUUCAAUAAAAUAUGUUUUCUAUGUAUCGUAGUGAAGUAAAGAAAAAUAAUAUUUUCAAAACAACAAAAUAAAUAAAGUCUAAUUUACUUUUCUCAGAUAUUGUAUAGGCAUAAAUGGUUUGAUAUACGAAUGCGAUAAAUUCCAAGAAUAUCAAAUUGCUUCUAGGAGUAUCAGAUUCCCCAAAGGAGCAAGUUCACAGUUUUGAUAUAUCGCAAAAUAUGUAACAAAGGACUUCAAUAUUUGGCAUAAUACCAUGCCUUCUGAAACAGAAGUUUAUUCGUCAUGGGUGGGGUUGGCAUAUGUCUUCAACCUCAUUGUAGGCACAGGUGCCCUAACGUUACCUGAAGGGUUUGCUAGUGCUGGAUGGUUCUUGAGUACAGUUCUAUUAGUACUUCUUUGUUUCAUCAGUUUUGUAUGUGUAACAUUUGUCAUUGAGAGCAUUGCAUGUGCAAAUGCAACUAUUCGUUGGCAUCAUAUUCAAUCUCACAAGAUUGAUGAGAGUGAAAAUGAGGUAUCGGAAUCUGAUCAGGAUAAUGUAAAUGAAGAAACAGCUAUAAUGUCUGUCAAUAAUGGUCGAACUAGAAGGAAAGACUAUAACUUAAAUACCAAAGUAGAACUCUGUGAAAUGUCUGAUGUAUUUAUGAAUAAGACUGUACGCAUUCUAUUUUAUGCGGUUUUAUGUAUUUAUUUAUUAGGGGAUUUAUCGAUCUAUACCGCUGCCCUAUCUAAAACAUUAGUAGAUCUCUCAUGUGAUACAUCUAAUGAUACUUUUUUUAAUACUGAGAGAUGCUGGUCCAAUUUUGAGUUUUACAAAAUUGAUGUUUAUCGGAUGUAUGUUUUACUCAUAGCUCUCUUGAUAGGUCCAUUUACUUAUUUCAACAUUCAGAAAACUAAAUAUUUACAAAUGUGUACUCUCAUGAUGAGGUGGACUGCUUUUGUCAUAAUGAUAAGCCUUGCAGUUUUCAGAAUAUCUGAAUAUGGUCCACAAGGUCAUCCAAGCGCUUCCAAUAUAAAAGGUAUUCCAACUCUUAUUGGUUCUAGUGUUUAUAGCUUUAUGUGUCAUCAUUCAAUUCCCAACUUGAUAGCUCCAUUCUCUAACAAACAACAUAUCUCAUUGAAAAUGGGGAUAGAUAUGAUCAUGAUAUGUGUUUUUUAUAUUUUAUUAUCUAUAACAGGCGUUUUUGCCUUUCAGAAUGUUCAAGAUUUAUAUACACUGAAUUUCAUUCCAGAACAUGCCAACCAUUCAACGUUUUUUAUGAAUACUAUAUAUUAUUUUCUCGGGGCUUUUCCCUUAUUCACCCUGUCUACAUCAUUCCCUAUUAUUGCCAUAACUUUGCAGAACAACCUGAAGAGUUUGGUGCUAGAUAGGAAUACAACAUAUGGAUUUUUUGUAAGACGGAUUUUCUUUCCAACAAUUGUCAUCUUACCUCCAGUGCUUAUAUCUCUUACAACUCACGAUUUGAAAAAAUUAGUUGAAGUUACAGGCUCUUAUCCUGGAGUUUUUGUGCAAUACAUUUUUCCGGUGAUUUUGGCACAUUCUGCAAGGAAAUUUUGCAGGAGGACGUUUGGAAAUGUGGAAAACACAUUUGCCAGUCCUUUUAAGGGUAAUUUCUGGUUCGUUUUAGUACUUGCGUGGGCAGUGGUUUGUAUGGGAUUCGAAACUUAUAAUUUUAUUGUGAAGUAUACAUGACUCCAAUGAAAACUAGAAAUAUUUUGUGUGAGAUUAUAUAUACAUAUAUAUUAAUAUAUAUUUUUCAUAGUU